CAAGCGGUGGCAGUUUCAGUGCCGUGUCGUGUGGUAGGCAGCCGAGCCAAGGCAGCCAUGGGUCAGGCGGGUCAGCAACGAAGCAGGCAGAAGAAGAUCUGCAACAAGAAGACUGUGAAGAAGGUGAAGUCAACCGUUGAGAAGAAGGCCCCAAAGUUGCGCAAGAACAUCCAGCCUGGUCAAAUCCUGAUCCUGCUGGCCAGCAAGUUCCGAGGAAAGCGCGUUGUUUUCUUGAAGCAGUUGGAGAGUGGCCUGCUCUUGGUCACAGGUCCCUUUGCCCUCAAUGGUGUGCCAUUGAAGCGAGUGAACCAGCGAUAUUGCAUCGCCACUAGCACCAAGGUGGAUCUUGGUGGUGCUGACUUCAAGUCCAUCACAGAUUCGUACUUUUCCCAGGAGAAGACUGGCAAGAAGGGCCUGAAGGGUCAGGAGAAGUUCUUUGCCGCUGAGGCACCCAAGAAGGUGUUGCCACAGGAGAAGAAGGACGGCCAGAAGAAGACCGAUGAUGCAAUCAUCAAGGGUCUCGGCAAUGAUAUGAAGAGCUACUUGAAGUCUCGCUUUUCGCUGUCGGCCAACAUGUACCCCCACGAGCUGAAAUUCUGAGCAUAGCAUCGCUGGCAGAACGGCACACGGCACGGUGAG